UGAGGAGCUGUUCGGGUGGUUUCGGUCAGAUUUUAGGAAACCGCUGCACGCCAAAGAGAGCAGGCGCACCGAAUUCCCAAGAGCCAGAGCUGGAGAUAGGAUCACUAAUUAGGAAUUUCCCUUCUGAAAAGAGAACAACGACCCGUUUUAAAGUUGCCUUUAGGUUUUCAAAAUGGACGCACAUAAAGUUUUGCACAGCUUUUUUUUCUUGGCACAUUCUGAUGCAGCAUAUCCUUUCUGAAAAUCUGCAUUUUGGAAAUAUUAGCGGAAAAGUGGGGAUAUCAGGGUAUCAGAAGUUUCCAGCAAUGCACCAGUUACAUCCACCAGUGUUUGGAGCGCAUAAUAAAAGUAGAAGUUCUCUUCAGGAACUGGGGCUGGACGGAGGGGAUAACAGUUUGGUUUUAUAACUUCUGUGCGCCCUCUCCUCCUCUUUUCUCUUCUCUGCUUCAGCCUUUGGAGCCUGAAAUAGAGUGGAUAAACGAUUUAUGCGGAUAAAAUAACUUCCCAGCGAUUUAAGUCGACGGUUUUGCGACUUAGGAGAUACAGAAUAACCCGUCUGAACUUCUAGAAAUUGUAAAGAAAAGGAAUGCUGAGCAGAAGAGGCGCAUGGAGAGAUGCUGUUUCUUCUACCAUGGAUCUAAAGGGAACUUUAGCAGUUUUACUGCUUUUGCUUCAAUGCUUGAGCCCUGUUUUCAGUCAAGAACUCAAUCCAAAGGGUAGAAACGUGUGCAAAGUUCCAGGGUCACCAGGGUUUAUGUGUUGCAGUGGAUGGGCGCAGCAAGGCGAAGAGUGUUUAACACCGCUCUGCGAAGGUAACUUCACUUGUAAUGAGAACGAGGUGUGUGUCCGACCAAACGAAUGCCGCUGUCGUCAUGGAUAUUUUGGGGCAAGUUGUGACACAAAGUGUCCCGUUCAGUUCUGGGGUCCAGACUGCAAGGGCUUGUGCAUGUGUCACCCUAAUGGUAAAUGCAAUGAUGUGACCGGGAAGUGCACGUGCUACCCAAAUCGCUGGGGUGAGAACUGCGAGAAGCCCUGCAACUGUCAAAAAGGGAAAUGUAACCAGGAGACGGGCAAAUGUACCUGCCACGCCGGUUACUGGGGGCCGCAAUGCAACAACAACUGCUACUGCAGCAUCAACUCGGUGUGCGACCAGAACACGGGCCGGUGCAUCUGCAACCCCGGCUGGUUCGGCCGGAACUGUGGCAAUCAGUGCAUGUGUAACAACUCGCCUUGUGAGCAGUUUUCAGGCCGAUGUCAGUGCAGGGAGAGGCUCUGGGGUCCGCACUGUGAACGGCACUGUCAGUGCAUGAACGGCAAGUGUAACCCUGUGGAUGGAUCAUGUACCUGUAAACCUGGAUACAGAGGAAAGCUAUGCCGGGAGCCAUGUCCAGCUGGGUUCUAUGGUCAGAACUGCAGAAACAGGUGUGGCCACUGUAAAGGCCAGCAGCCCUGUAAGGUGACGGAGGGUCACUGUGAAACCUGUGAAACCGGCUGGAAUGGGACAAAAUGUGAUCAGAUGUGUGCAGAGGGUUACUUUGGAGAGAACUGUAAGGAUCAGUGUCCGCCGUGCAAAGACGGUCACUUCUGCAACCGCAUCGACGGGAAGUGUUCCCACUGCAAUCCCGGCUGGAUUGGAGAUCGCUGUGAGGUGCGCUGUCCUAAUGGCACCUAUGGGGAAAACUGUGAAAAAGACUGCAGCCAUUGUUUUAAUGGAGACUGCCAUUUUGCCACAGGAGAGUGUCUCUGUGACCCGGGCUUCUAUGGGACAUACUGCAACCUGACCUGUGAGUUUGGUCAAUUCGGAGUGAACUGUGCCCAGACCUGUCCCUGUCAUGACAAGAACUGCAACCCAGUGUCAGGGGCCUGCAACUUAUAUCCCAAUCAGCGGAUGGGAGUAAUAGCUGCGGGAACGCUGGUGACAUUCCUGCUGGUGGUUCUUCUCUCUCUGCUGUGCUGCUGCUUCCUCUGUAACAACAAAGACAACCGCAACCCUGACCAGGAAAACUCCACCAACAGCAAGAAGGCCAAAAUAAUCCUCUGCGGCGGAUUCAGUCGAAUCAGCACCAAACUUCCCAGAAUCCCUCUGAGGAGACAAAAACUACCCAAAGUUCUCGUCACCCACCACGAUCCUGAGAACACCUUCAACAGUAUUAUCGAGCCGCCCUCCUUGGUGGACCAGCCUUCUCCAUCAUGGUCAUCCCAGGAGUCCUUCUCUUCCUUUGAGACAAGCGAAGAUGGGCCCGUUUACUGCAUACCCCACGAAGAGACUACGAAUGACAGCUGUAACAAGCAAAAUUCUAGCACUGUUCAAGAAAUACCACUGACCCCCAUUGACGAUGACGCAGGAGAGUACACAUCCCUCAAAGACAUGAAGCAGUACAUUAGCGAUGGGAGCGAGCAGCCUCUCCUGAAGUCUUCAGACAGCGAGGGCUCCACCAGUGGUUCUGAGUCAACCACAGGAGCUGUUUACGCCCAUGUCGCCCGCCUUUCCAAACACUCCAAAGAGGAGGAGGACAACGCCUCACCGGAGAAGACGAAAGAGAAGACGAAACCUCGUCCUCCAGACCCUUCAACCAAACCGAAGGUGUCUUGGAUCCAUGGAACAUCUGGAACCAACCCAACAGAGCAAAGCCAGACUCCAUCACCGCAUAAAGAGAAUAGGAAGAACAGCUCAGAAGGUUCUGGAAAGGUGGAUGAGAAGCAGCGAUCAAAGGAGAAGUCAAGCAAGAACCAUGAAAAGCAUCAGGAUGCUAAGAAAGCAGAUGGACCUGAAUCACCCAGCAAAAGCAAAUCUCACAAAGCUUCGGAUACCAUUGAGCACCUCAAUGGAACAUUCCAGAACGCCCUGAAGAAGAUCGGAAACUUCCACUUGGACAAGAAAACAAAUGACAUCAACAAAGAUCCACCCAAGAGCCCAAAGAUCAUGCAUCCGCAUAUGAACUCUGAGGCCGCCACGCUACUUGCGGCUCAGCUGAAGGAAAAAACCCAAAGCCUUAAUCGUAACGAGGGUCUCACUGUGGGCAUUAAACCCAAUGGUGUAUCGACACCUCAAGCCAACAGAGAGAAACCCACCCCUCCUCAAAAGACUAAGCGGUCUGCAACUGGGACCAACAAGCCCCUUCUUCCCACCUCCGGCAACCUCCAGAAGAUGGUGGCUCCUAUUUCAGACUCUACUCCUGAACCUAAAACCCCAGAAAAACAAGGAGUUAAUGGGACCAGAGUUGAAGGAGACACCACAGCAAAGAAAACACCCAUCAAAAAACCACCGAGAAAGAAAGGAAAGGAGGUAACACUGGAGACGGAAGGCAAAACCACUCCAAAGACGGCCAUUAUGCCACCUCAGACUGUCAAAUAGAUGUUUGAUCACAUUGGUGUGUCCAUUUUUGAGAAUAUAAACAUACAUUUUUUCUUUCUUUAAACAUUAUAUAGGAAUUUAAUGGAUUUUCUUUUCUUGUUUUAAUGGACAAGCUGCUUGUAGGAUUUAAUAUUUUGAAGGAUUGUGGUUCUCGUUAACUCUUUGAAUACCUGGAAUCGGAAACAAUGUUGUGGCUUGUGUACAGUAUUAAAAAGGAAGAGUAAUUGAAUUUAAUGUAAUAAGCUUAUGUUGUAUGCUCAAUUUUGCAUAUGCAUUUACACCACGUCCAAAGAGAUUUUUCAAUGCUUUCGUAAUUGUGUGAUCAACAGGUUUUUGUGUCUGAAAGGUUGAAUUUAGCACUGUAUUCAACGGUAUAAAGAAUGAACCAAAGGUACUUUAAAGGUAACUUUCACGUUCAUCAGUCCUUCACCUUCAUGCUUUUUAGGCUUAAAAUGAGUGAUAUCUAUUCUUGCUGUUGAACCUUAGCACUAGUUUUUCCUUUUUCCAUAAAGUACCCAUUGCAUUUUUUUAGGCCAUAUAAUGAUUUUUUUUUUGUCUGUUUGUUUUAGUCUGUGUAUGUUGGAGUUCAGGCUGUUUACAUGAUGCUAUAGCCUUAAAAGUUCAGAAAACAAGUAGUUAUACAACCUAUCUCCUCUGGGAUGGAUCUUGUACACCGGGGAGUAUUCAAAAUCUUAUCCAAUAAAAUCCAGUCCUUGCUAAACUUCCUGUUGAAAUAGGAAAAACCCAUUAAAAAAAAACGUGGUGGGGAAAUGAAAAUGUUUCAAUCAGUUUGAACUUGUUGAUAUUUGCGUUAAAAAUCAGCACUUAAAUUAUUCUUAAACUUAGUAAUUAUUUUAUGCCUUGUUAAUCUGACAUGCUUUUCUGUACAUUACUGAACAUUUCUACAGCAUAACUAUGGCAUUACUAUAGUGCUCACUGGCAUUUAAAGAAAAACAAUUGACGUACAUUAUUUAUAUAUACACAUACAUACAGCUAUUGCAACCAACUUUUAUCAUCGAAUAUUAUUUAUCCCACCAAAGAAAAAAAUUGUAACGCCUAAACGAGCCAGUCAUAUUAAAGGGAUACUCCACCCCGAAAUGAAAAUGUUGUCAUUAAUCACUUACCCCCAUAUCUUUCCAAACCCAUAAAGCUUUGUUCAUCUUUGGAACAUAACUGAAGAUAUUUUGAAUGAAAACCGGGAGGCUUGUGAUUGUCCCAUAGACUGCCAAGUAACUUACACUGUCAAGGUCCAGAAAAGCAUGAAAAGCAUCGUUAGAAUAGUCCAUCUGCCAUCAGUGGUUCAACCGUAAAACUAUGAAGUGACGAAAGAAAACAAAAAUAAAGACUCUAUUAAACAAUAAUUUUGUCAUGGUGGAGAGACACAGAAGAGACUGUUGACAAAGGAAUUGUUAAAUAAAGUCAUUAUUUUAAUUUUCUUCGAUUACGAACAGUAUUUUUGUCGCUUCAAAACGUUACGGUUGAACCACUGAUGGCAGAUGGACUAUGAUGAUGCUUUUCAUACUUUUCUGGAUCUUGACAGUGUAAUUUACUUGGCAGUCUAUGGGACAGUCACAACCCUUCUGGUUUUCAUCCAAAAUAUCUUAAAGUGUGUUCAGCAGAUGAGCAAAGCUUUGUGAUUAAUGACAAAAUGUUCAUUAUGGGGUGGAGUAUCCCUUUAAAGGAUAUUACCUUAAUUAUUCAUUCUUUAGAGUUUGCCUUCACUAUACAGUUACAGGAAGUUCAAUAUGUUUUUCUGUGGUUAAAAUGAACACAAUAAUGGCUCAUGACUGCAGCAUGUUUGUUUUUUAAGCUUACUAGCUGAAACACCCUAUAGCACUUGCAAAUAGUUUUUUUAAGCAUGACACCAACAGAAAGAAUUCAUAAAAAACUGGAUGGUUUUAUUUUAACAGAAAACCUCGGGUUAGAUGUUCAGUAUGGGUCUGUAGUAUUUUUGAGUCUGGAUUGUGGUGUACAGUAGCUCCUAUUCUCUCAUAUGGUACCUUAUAUUUUUCUACAUGCUAAGAUAUUUUGUAAUAAUAUUUUUACCUUCAUUUGUAAGCUGUGCUUAUACAACUUAUAUCUUGCUUUUUUGUGUGUCAAAUGAACUGGUUUUCAAUUUUGAUUACAUUUUUUUCUUCUUUUUUUAUGUGCAAGCAUCAGGUACAUUUGGAUUUAAUGUUUAAAUAUCUUUCUGUUUACUCUCAAAAUAUCUUUUUAACAUUUCUCUGUGGAUGUUAUUGUUUUUUAUGAACGAUAAACUGCAUGAUGCAGAGUUUAGUGAGAGAUUGCUGAGAGAAAUCUAUGCAUGUUAUCCCAUGUUCUGGUUUUGCUGUUCUGUUACUUGGGACCUACGACAAAAAAUGACUUUUCAUGUUUUUGCACGAAUCCAGAACAUUACCAUCCUCAGUGUAUGACUAUGGGAGUAUGAAUAAUAGAUUUUUUUUUUCUACUCUGACUUUGGCAUGAACUUUGACAGAGGUUCAGCGUUUAAACAUGGAGUAUUAUUCUCUUUGUCCUGAUUUUUGCCUUUCUGUGUUGAUGUGUUGUUGUUCAGUUACCGUAUUUGAAAUAAAAGCAAAUCUGUAGCUCAUGAAUCAAAAGGGAA